AUGAGCGAGGCGGUGGCUAAUAGUUUUUGGUGUUGUCCGGAGAUUUCUUUUUCUUCCUCAAAUUCGAUGGGUAGAUCGGGGGGUUUAAUCACUUUAUGGAAAAAAGAUAACAUGGAGGUUUUGGCGAGUUUUAGAGGUGAAGGUUUUUUGGGGAUUAAGGGUAAAAAGUUUUCUUGGUAUAGCGGUGAUGGUAAAUCUAAGAGUCGGAUUGAUCGUUUUCUUAUAUCAAACUCGGUGGUGAAUAGGGAUAUUUCGGAUAUUUCGGAUUCAAAUGAUUGGCGAUUUCGGUUUUGGCCCAAGACAGGUGGAUAUUUCGGAUAUUUCUUAUAUCCACCUGUCUGUCAAAUGAUUGGCGAUAGGGAUAUUUCGGAUCAUUGCCCAAUUUGGAUUAUGACGGAUAAUUAUAAUUGGGGGCCAAAACCGUUCAAAUUUAAUAAUGAAUGGUUCUCCAACGAUUCUUUCGUUCCGUUUGUGGAGAAGGAGUGGAAAAGCUAUGUGGUUCAUGGAAGAGGAGAUUACAUCUUGAAGGAGAAGCUUAGACUCCUUAAAGACAAAAUAAAGAUUUGGAAUAGGGAAGUCUUUGGGAAGAUUGACCUAGAGAUUGAAGAAGGAGUCCAUGAUAUUAACAUCGUUGAUUAA